AUGCCCGCGGCCGGCCCCAGGAUGAGCGGCUUCUCGCUGGGCGAGCUGUGCUGGCUGUUCUGCUGCCCGCCGUGCCCCGGCCGCAUCGCCGCCAAGCUGGCCUUCCUGCCGCCCGAGCCCACCUACUCGUACUCGGCGCGCGACGCGGGCCCGGCGGCCGGCUGCAGCCUGCGGCUGAGCGAGCGCGCCGACUGGGCCUUCUCGCAGCGCGAGCUGGACGCCGUCGAGGUCUUCUUCUCGCGCACGGCGCGCGCCUCGCGCCUCGGCUGCAUGUUCGUGCGCUGCGCCCCGGCCGGCCGCUACACGCUGCUCUUCUCGCACGGCAACGCCGUGGACCUGGGCCAGAUGUGCGGCUUCUACCUGGGGCUCGGCUCGCGCCUCAACUGCAACGUCUUCUCCUACGACUACUCGGGCUACGGCGUCAGCUCGGGCCGCCCGUCCGAGAAGAACCUCUACUCGGACAUCGACGCCGCCUGGCAGGCGCUGCGCACGCGGUAUGGUGUCAGCCCAGAGAACAUCAUCCUGUACGGGCAAAGCAUUGGCACAGUGCCCACCGUGGACCUGGCCUCCCGCUAUGAGUGUGCUGCUGUCAUCCUCCACUCUCCGCUUAUGUCAGGCCUGCGCGUUGCCUUUCCUGAUACCAGGAAGACUUAUUGCUUUGACGCCUUCCCCAGCAUCGACAAGAUCUCCAAAGUCACCUCCCCGGUGCUGGUCAUCCAUGGGACGGAGGACGAGGUCAUUGACUUCUCGCACGGGCUGGCCAUGUAUGAGCGCUGUCCUCGGGCUGUGGAGCCGCUGUGGGUGGAGGGGGCAGGCCACAAUGACAUCGAGCUCUAUGCACAGUACCUGGAGCGACUGAAGCAGUUCAUCUCACAUGAGCUCCCCAGCUCCUGAGGGUGGGCACUCUGGGGUCCUUGGGGGUAGGUCUGAGGCCAUGGGCCGGGCACACUCAGACUCCUGGCUCCACCUUCUGCUUCGUUCCCCACCAUCAAGCCGUGGGGGCAGGCUCAGCCCUGACCUGACUCCCCCCUGCUUUGGGCCUGGGGAGCCAGCCGUGCUAGCAUCUGUGAAAGAUCCUGAAAAUGCCUGA